CUUGGUUUUAUUUUUAUUCUUUUUUAGGUAAAACAUUAGCGUCAUCAUGAUUCUGCAUCAGAUUCUGCGACUUUCUUCCGUUUUUCGCUCUGCUGUUUCCAUUCACUUGCGCAGAAACAUAGGGCUUUCUGCUAUUGUCUUUAACAAGGCAAAAGAGCUCGAUCCAGUUCAGAGGCUCUUCUUGGACAAGAUUAGAGAGUACAACACAAAGAGCAAGCAAGCUGGAGGGCCUGUUGAUGCAGGCCCCGAAUUUCAGAAAGACAUGAAUGAAUCCCUUGCUAGACUCCAACGGGCCUAUGGUGAGGGAGAUCUAACCAAGUUUCCAGAAUUUAAAUUUGAGGAGCCCAAGUUUGAGGAGACUCCAAAGUGAUUUCUGCAGGUCAUACACCGACACGGCAUCUAUGGAGUUGCUGAACAUGGCAUCAGUUGUAACUUAAUAAAUGCAGUGUUUCAGUUUGAUUUCAGAA